CUGUUUCUCGUCAAGCAAGCACCUCUGGGCUCUGAGUUCUGGGUUCUUGUGCCGAUGCUGGCUUUGGAGACGGCGUCGUCCGAAAGAGAGAGCGAGGAGAGCCAUCGAGUGCGGAUGGGUUUCGGCCAAACUUCUCUCGCCAACGUUCACCCGACCGGGGCUCGCUGCCAUAGACGAGCAUGCAGUCAUUCUUUGUUCCGCACAAGAACUUGAUCAUGCCCAACGUCACCGAUCCGCUCACCGUCCUCAACUUGGCCAAAAUGACCUUCAACUCGUACUAUGAGCCCGAUGCACCCGAGUGGAAGGAGAUUCCGGGAUACAAUCAGACCGACAAGUUUGGAUGGAUCGAGAAGGGCAUUCGCGGCCAUGUCUACACGGACGACACCCGCGAAGUUGUGAUUCUGACCAUCAAGGGCACUUCGCCGCUGACCCCGGUUUCGGGCGGUCCAACAGCAGAGCAAGACAAGCUCAACGACAACAUGAUGUUUUCAUGCUGCUGUGCCGGUUCGUUCAUGUAUCCGGUUUGCGACUGCUGGGCAAAGGGCAACAUCUGCCACAACAGUUGCCUGAGACAGCGCAGCAGCUUCCAGGACUCGUACUACAACCUGGCACAGACCAUCUACGCCGCUGUGCGCUCGUGGUAUCCGCAAGGAUCCAGCUUCUGGCUCACCGGCCAUUCGCUUGGAGGUGCCCUCGCGGCCCUGACGGCCCUGACGAACGACCUGCCCGCCUUUGCCUACGAGGCACCCGGCGAGCUGCUCUAUGCCAGUCGCAUUGGUUUGCUGCCCGAGCUACCGCCCAACGGAAGCCAGCGCCCGGACUAUACUGAGUUCCUCAAGACCCUGCCGAUCUACCACAUCGGCAACGACAAGGAUCCGAUCUACCUCGGCUCGUGCGUCGGCCUUGGAAGCACUUGCUGGCUCGGCGGGUAUGCGAUGGAGUCUAAGUGUCACGCUGGAUACGAGUGCAUCUACGACGCCUCCAAGAAGGCCAACCUUGCAGAAACAGGCGCCGACUCGGACAGCUCGACGAUGGGAACCGACGUGCGAUACCACUUGAUUGCCGAUGUCAUCAAGCUGUUCUUGGAACCUCUGCUGCCCGUGCCCCCGUGCCAGGUCAAGGAGAACUGCCAGGAGUGCACCGACUGGACAUACGUCGAAUGAACGGACCGAGCUCUCCAGCCAAGGGCAGCUUGAGCAACCUGACGGCUCGAUGUACACGAUGGCGGUGUUCCAGAAUUUGCAUGAGAGCCGGGUAUGGAAUAGGUGCGAGAGCAAUGCAGUUGCGAGCCGCAAUACAUUCCAUAUACAAACCGAGGAC